GCAUUCCACAAGCUCCACGCAGACGUCGUUUAUCACACAGCGCCUUUCGCAUCGCAAUGUGUCCCUCCGGCCGAACUCUCAGCGCGCAGACGGAGACGACGGCGCUCACUUCGGACUUCCGUUCAGCAUUCGACGUCCUGGACGCCGACCGCGACGGAAAGAUCAGCAAAGACGACCUCCGAGCCUUCUACGUCGGCUUCUCCAGCUCUGGCGUUGACGAAAACCUCAUCGGUUCGAUGAUGUCGGCGGCCGACUCUGACAACGACGGCUUCGUCCAGUACGACGAGUUCGAGCGCGUUUUGGCGGGCGGCCGCCGGCCGAGAAGCUCGGGAGUGAUGGAGGACGUGUUCAAGGUGAUGGACAAAGACGGGGACGGCAAGCUCAGCCACGAGGAUCUGAAGAGCUACAUGAGCAGCGCCGGCUUUGCCGCCUGCGACGAAGACAUCAAGGCCAUGAUAAAAUUGGGCGGCGGCGAUGAGAACCAAGGGGUUACUUACGCUGGCUUGCUUAAGAUCCUGGCCGUUGAUCAAGUCGGCCAAGUCCAAGUUGCUAGGUCUUAAUUUUUGGCUCAAAUGUACCGAUAAUAUAAUUUAGUAAAUAUUCGAUUCGAUAAUAGAUGGACAAUAAAGCUCCAGCAAGUUUUUCGCUGUAUUUUCCGGCAAAGUGGUGGGAGAGGGGAUUACGGUGUCGUUUCAAUCUUUGUGAUGACAAGAGCACAAUUGAUGGGGUGGGUUCCAGUUUCGUUUUGGUCGGUUUUGUUUACAUUUGUUUGGAAUAUAUUUUUGUACUAAUAUUCGAUGAUUUUUCUUUGGUUA